AUGAAGGAGCUGUGCACAUUCUUCAUCGGACAGGCGGGCGUGCAAGCAGCAAGUGCGGUGUGGGAGAUGUUGUGUCUGGAGCAUGGCGUGUGCCGCGACGGUACCAUUCAAUAUGAACCCACUUUACAGGAGCAUAGAGAGCUCAACACUGUUUUCGAGCAACUCACUCCCCACGAAAAAUACGUCCCCCGUGCAAUUUUAGCCGAUUUGGAACCCUCAGUUAUUGAUGAAGUACGGGAUGGUGCAUACAAAGGCCUAUUCAACCCGGAAACCUUAUUAGCCGGCAUGGAAGAUGCAGCCGGUAACUUCGCCCGCGGCUACUACACGCUCGGCGGAAAGGUUGUGGGCGCGCUAAUCAAUUCAAUGCGCCGGAUGAUUGAGAAGUGCGACAACUUCGAGGGCACAAUGACCUUCUCCGCUCUGGGCGGUGGAACAGGUAGCGGACUACUCUCCAUGUUCCAGGAGCGCGCCUGCCUCGAAUUCGCUGGGCGCAGAAUGCUACAGUUCAGCAUUGUGCCCUCCGAUCAGAUGGCCAUCGGGCCCGUGGAAGUGUAUAAUUGCAUGCACCACCUCUACCACUCCUCCGACUUCUGUGAUCUCAAUAUCUUUCUGGAUAACUCGGCGCUCUUUAAUAUUUGCACCAAGGAGCUGGCGGUCGUGCGACCUACUUACACCACGGUGAACCGGGUCAUCGGCCCCCUCGUCGCCGGCCUCACCGCUUCGGUACGCUUCAAAUGCAACAUCAACGGCACAAUCUCAGAAUUUCUCACCAAUCUCAUCCCUUUUCCUGCAAUCCACUAUCCCAUGAUCACAUUCGUGCCAUUUUGCACUGAUAUGGAGGCGGAGAGAAGCAGGUACACCACGCCGAUACUGACACGCAUGGUAUUCAAGCCAGACUAUCGCACCGUCACAGCGAUGCUAGACGAGGGUGUAACCCUCGCUACAUGCCUGACGUACAGGGGACAUCACAGCGUGUUUGAAAUCCUUCAAACACUGGAGGGUAUGCGAGAAGAACGUGCCAACAUCGUCGACUGGUGCCCGACGGCCUUCAAAGUGGCGUACACGCCCCAACCACCCGUCCUAAUCCCUGGCAUGGGACCAGAAAAGAUAACCAGAUCAUUGGUCAUGAUUACCAACAGCACUGCCAUAUCCGAGGUCUUCAGCCGAGCUGAAAUAGCUUUUUUAAACUUAUUCUCCAAACGAGCCUUCCUGCAUUGGUAUGUCGGCGAAGGAAUGGAGAUGGAGGAAUUCACUGACGCUCUGGAGAAGGUUCGCAACACGGCGGCGGACAUUAUAGCUCUCGAAACCGAAAGCUUAAAUGCAAUGCAAGCAGCGAGGAAGGACGACGACGACGAAGAGGGAGAAGAAGGCGAAGAGGGCCAGGAUGAAGAGGAAGAAUGUGAGGGACACGAGGGGGGCGACGUGGGCUACACGCCAACCGCAAGACGCGCUGCAGCUCGCACCAACACGACUGCAUCGAUAGUCACACCUAGGCGCCUCAACAUGAGAGGAACGAGGAACACGGCCACAACCGCGCCUCCACUCUAUCAACUAAUGAACUAUCCAGAGUGCCCAGUAGAGCAAGAAACAACCCUGCAGUCAAGGCCGCGAAUGAGGAAAAACAAAAACAAAAUAUCCCUAGGAGAACAAAUUGGAGCAGGAAGCCUUGCACCCCAAGACUGUCCCUGCCACUCAGAGGGUCAACAAUGUACGAAUUGUUGA